AUGGACGUUAACAAUGGUACUGUAAUGACUGAAUUCAUUUUGCUGGGCUUCUCAGGUUUGGGUUCCCACAGGAGCUCUCUGUUUUGGGGGGUGCUCUGCAUCUAUCUGGUCACCUUGAUGGGAAACUUACUGAUUAUUAUUCUCACACUGGCAGAACCUGCCCUGCACUCCCCCAUGUAUUUCUUUCUGCGUCACUUCUCCCUGCUGGAGAUUCUCUACACUACCACCAUCGUGCCUCGGAUGCUGGCUGAUCUCCUCUCCUCCUGCCCCACCAUCUCAGCUGCCAGCUGUUUCACACAGAUGUAUUUCUUUGCCCUUUUUGGGGUAACUGAGUGUUGCCUUCUCACAGCUAUGGCCUACGACCGCUACGUUGCCAUCUGCCGGCCCCUGCAUUAUAGCACUAUGAUGAAUCAGUGUGCCUGCCUAGGCAUGGUGGGGGCCUCCUACCUCAUGGGUGUCAUCACUGGCACCACACAUUCCAUCUUCAUCUUCCCGUUGUCUUUCCAAGGGACCCACACAAUCCAUCACUUUAUGUGCGACAUUUUGCCUGUGCUGAGACUGGCUAGUGGGAACACUUUCUGGGGUGAAGUGGGCAAUCUUGGUGUCACGAUAGCCUUUAUUUUGACCCCCUUCUUACUCAUCAUGGCCUCCUAUGCCUGUAUUUUAGUCAACAUCCUUGGCGUGGCCUCAUCCCAGGGACGCCGAAAAGUCUUCUCCACGUGUUCUUCCCACCUAUUUGUGGUUAUGCUUUUUUUUGGGACAGGAACUGUGGCUUAUAUGAAUCCUGGGACAGGCUCCAAUCAGGACACAGACCAGAUUCUAACUUUUUUCUACACAGUUGUCACUCCCAUGUUCAACCCUUUUGUGUACACUUUGAGGAACAAGGAUGUGGCAGAAGCCAUGAAGAGGCUAGUAAAGAGAUACUUUAGGAAUCCCUGA